GGGAAUCAGAGAGAGAAAGAAGAAAGCGGCAGAGACAACUUCCCUUCUUCUUCUUCGUCCGUAUUCUCUUUCUUCUGCAACAAGAACAGACCUCUUUCUUCUGCUACACAAACCCUAAUUUUCAGCUCCGAUCGAAAUUAAAGCCUGCAAUCUCUGAUUCCGCUUCACGACAAAAAAUACUCUUAACUGUUCUUCCUCAUCCUCACCCUCCCAUUCCUCUGCUACCAAACCAGACCAAACCAAACUAAUCCUGUUCUCUUCUUCCUUCUGGUAUCUGAUUCGAAUGCCAUAGAACAACCUCGAUUCAUUGUUUCUGUUUUGAUUCUGUAAUUUUUUCGGCCGAUUUUUUUAAGCGCACAGUGUUUUUUUAGAUUCCGUUCAUUCUUGCCGCCUUGUUUCAACGUCCUGUGAUUUUUUGGGGAUUUUUUUAAAUAUAAGAUGUUAGAAGAGCUCGCUCGAGGAUCAGACGCGGAGUUAGGUUACGAAGCAGCCGUUAAUUCGAAUUCGAGUCAGAACUCUAUGAGCAGUGAAAGUUGUAGUAGCUUCAGUCGUCUCUCGUUUGAUGCUGCGAUUGAUUUUCCUACCUCCCGAUUCUCGCCGGAGAGUCUCGAUUUGAAGCCUCACCGAUCGUCUGAUUUCGCUUACUCCGCCAUUCGUCGCCGGAAAUCCAAGCUUACUUUCCGUGAUUUUCGGCUUCUCCGUCGCAUCGGCGCUGGCGACAUUGGUACGGUUUAUCUAUGUCAGUUGCGGAAAUUGACCGACGGUGGCUAUGACGAUGAAUACGACGAUUCGUGUUUGUACGCGAUGAAAGUGGUGGAUAAAGAAGCGUUGGAAUUGAAGAAGAAGGUGCAGAGGGCGGAAAUGGAGAGAAAAAUACUGAAGAUGCUGGAUCAUCCGUUUUUGCCUACUCUUUACGCUGAGUUUGAGGCGUCUCAUUUCUCUUGCAUCGUCAUGGAGUUCUGUUCCGGCGGUGACUUGCAUUCUCUCCGCCAUAAACAGCCGCGUAAACGCUUCUCUCUCAGCUCCGCAAGGUUUUAUGCUGCUGAAGUUCUCGUUGCUUUAGAGUACCUUCACAUGCUUGGAAUCAUCUACAGAGAUCUUAAGCCGGAGAAUGUCCUUGUCCGAUCGGACGGUCACAUCAUGCUGUCGGAUUUCGAUCUAUCUCUCUGCUCGGAUGCCACUCCGGCUGUUGAAUCGCCGGAUUCUUCCCCAAAUCCGGCCUUCCCCGAUGCGAUGGCGUACCCCAAAACUAACACAAUACCCACCGCCUCCGCCGCUACUACCAGCCCUUUUUCCUGCUUUUACAACCGGCUUUUCCGGUCACGCAAGGUCCAAACCCUGACCCCGAACUGGCUCUUCGUUGCCGAGCCCGUCUCCGCCCGGUCCUGCUCCUUUGUCGGUACUCACGAGUAUGUCUCGCCGGAAGUAGCCGCCGGCGGGUCACACGGCAACGCUGUUGACUGGUGGGCUUUUGGCGUAUUUCUCUAUGAGUUGAUCUUCGGCCGGACGCCGUUUGCAGCCUCAUCCAAUGAGACGACGCUAAGGAACAUCAUAAAGAAGCCGUUGACGUUCCCGACCGCCGAGACUUCCGGCGCGCUUGAGCACCACGCGCGGGAUCUAAUAUCCGGUUUGCUCAACAAGGACCCGACCCGGAGAUUGGGUUCAAAACGCGGGUCUGCCGACAUUAAGAAGCAUCCGUUCUUCAAAGGCCUUAACCUCGCCCUCAUUCGGUCUCUCACGCCGCCAGAGGUCCCCGGCGUACGACGGCGGAAGGCGACGCCGGUGGCCAAAUCCAUGGAAAAGGCAGCUGAUUCGGCCGGGUUCGAUUACUUCUGAAUAAUCAACGGCGGUUCCAACGCCUCGUGGCGCAACCUAACUUCCGUAUUUUGUCACCGGCACGAUCAAAACGUGUAUAUAUUCGAUCUGCUCCUAUUUUCCACCUCUUUUAAUCGACUUUUGAGAUUUUUUUUUUGUUUUUUUUAAUAAUGUACUUUUAAUAAAUGAAA